GGGGUGGGCGGCGCGGCGAGGACCCCCCCGGCGGCGGUGGGGAAGAGGGGCCCGGCCUGCUGCUCCUCGGAGGACAGCGAGAUCAACAUCACCAGCGAGGAAGAGGAGGAGGAGGAAGGCAGCGAACGGCCCGCUUGGGCAUCGGGCACCUCCUGGGCGUCGGGUACCACCUGGGCAUCGGGCACCUCUUGGGCAUCGGGCACCACCUGGGCACCGGGCAGCGCCUGCUACAUCUGUGGCAGCCUCUUGUCACCCAGCACCCAGCACCGGGUCCACGUGCAGAAGCAGGAGAAGACCUCCUCGGCACCUUUCUUCCCUUUCCUCUGGCUGCACAGCCCCCCGCCGGGUGCCCAGCCCCUCUCGCCCACCGGCAGCACCCUGGUGUGUCCCUGCUGCUUCUCCUCCCUCAUGCAGCAGUGGCAAAGCUUCGAGUUGGCCAACGUCCCCGUGCUCCAGAGGCUCUACGUGGUGCCCCUCAACGCCGGGGCCGUGACCGCCAAGGGCCGGCGAGGGAUGAAGGAGGAUGAGGGGGGCACCCCGCUGGCACCCGAGGCUUGUUACCUCUGUGGGGAGGAGUGUGGCAAGGAGGCCAGGCCGGUGGCUGCCAAGAUCACCAACGGCAACGCCAAGAGCACCAUGCACUUCCCCUUCCUCAGCCUCCUGCCCUGCCCGCCCGGUGCCAAGGGGCUGAACAAGCACUGGGAGGUCAGCAGCUGCCGCAAGUGCUUCGGGGUCUUGCAGGACCUGUGGGCCAUGUACAGGGCCUGCCACAACGAGGAGCUCAUCACCUCGGUGCAGAGCUUCCUGGGGAGGUAUCACCAGGUCUUCUCCGCCGGCGAGCCCGGCGGCUUGGCCGGUCACCCCGCCAUCAAGCCCGGUGCCACCUCCGUCUGCUACAUCUGCGGGGCCGAGCUGGGAGCAGGCAAAGAAUUUCAGCUCAACGUCAACCCUCCGGGACGAUUUGGGGAGAAGGAACCCUUUUUCCCCUUCCUGACCGUCUACCCUCCGGCCCCACGGGCCAGGCCGGCCGAUUCCACCGGCUUGGUGGCCACUUGUGUCCUCUGCUACCACGACCUGCUGGGGCAGUGGCUGCAGCACGAGGGCAGGAACUCCCACCACCCCAGCAGCGCUUGGUCCCGCCAGUACAAAGUGGAGACCUUCGUCUGCUUCUUCUGCCGGCAGGAGAAGAAGAGAUGCCUUGGAUUAAAAGCCGUUCAAGUGGCCAGGCUCCCUGUCUUCCUCUACACCCUCCGCGUGGCCAACAGCUUGCUGGUGGAUGAUGGGAAGCACCUGACCAUCGGUGCCUGUGCCGAGUGUGGGGCCGUGGUCCUGGCUGGCAAGAGCAUGACCCCAGCGGAGCUGCUGGCAGCAGCACCCCCAGCUCUCCUCCCCAAGGUGUCCUCUUCGUCCCUCGAGACAGCUGCCACCAAGCCUGCUGCCAGCGAGCCACGGCACCGGGCGGCCAGCACCGGGGAGAGGAGCCCAGGGACGGGGGAAACACUGCCCAGGACAUCAUCCAGAGAACGGGUUUGGAUGUGGAGAGCCUGGACGCUGGAGCUACAAGCGUCGCCGCCGCGCUGCCGGAGAGCCCAGGGGAACCGCAGCCCUGCUGGUGACAAACGGCUCCGGCACAGCCACAGCAGUGCCCACGCGGGCGCCAACGGGGACUUUGGCCGUGCCGUGACACCCCCGAGCCCAGAGUGGGGGUGUGGCACCCGUGGCUGCGGGCAUGGGCUCGUGUCCUCUUCGUCCCUCGAGACAGCUGCCACCAAGCCUGCUGCCAGCGAGCCACGGCACCGGGCGGCCAGCACCGGGGAGAGGAGCCCAGGGACGGGGGGAAACACUGCCCAGGACAUCAUCCAGAGAACGGGUUUGGAUGUGGAGAGCCUGGACGCUGGAGCUACAAGGAUCUGGCACCGCUUUGGGGAUCCCUCGAGGCGAUGUGUCCCUCCCCGGGAGGGUUGGGGGGGAGGGCAGGAGGCAUUUGCAAGCUGCUCACAGCCCAGCCGGCAGCAAGCUGGGAGCCGUGGCCUGGAACGGGCCUGCCGAAGUCAGCUCGGGAUUUAUUACCCUGCCAGUGGCUGCCGGGCAAAGGUGACAGUGACUAAUGGCUUGUUACACGCCUGCCACAUCUCAUCUGUGCACCGCGGCCGGCUGCCGGCGCUCCCAGCCCUGCUGUGCGGGCGGCCCGUGCCCCCACCCUCCCUUAUCCACGAGGGGGGGCCAACAGGACAGGGGUGA